AUGCCAAUGGGAAAGAAAGCCGGCAUCGAGGCUCUGCUGGGACCCUCAGACACACCGCACUUCCUCGUCUUCGUCUACUUGAGAGAAUUUGUGUUCCAGAGGACAACUGUUUUUGGCACGAGAUCAGGGGACUCGGUGACGCUGCAAAGGCCAUCAUCCGGGGAUAUAAAGGAUGUUGAUUCGCACCCACUCAGAUACUGUCUUGUCUUUGAAGACUGGUUUGUUGCCUGGCUCAACAGGAUAUUUUUGGUCAGUGACGUGUGUAGUGCUUUGACUUUCGAUAUCCAAGACCCUGCCGCGCGGCUGGUAUGGCUCUUCUUUCCGUCGUCUUCUGGUAUCGCCUGCUCCUGGAUAUACCUGCGGUGA